AUGUUUAGGCAAGGACAGGGUGCUCUCGAUCAGGCCAUCGAUGUGGACCUGGUGACACAAAUGUGUUACGUCAUGGCCCGCGCAUUGAAGAAUGGCUAUACUAAGUCAGUCAUCUUCACUGAGCUUCAGCUAGCCGUGUCUGGAAUUGGAUACUGUUGGAACCAUCUGGGUGAAUGCUUGCAAAUUGUGUAA